AUGCCGUCAUUCUCGAACGAUUAUCCUUCCCAGACGGCCACCGCUACGACCACACAACCCCGUUCGUUCGGUGCGCCUCAAGAAAGACCACACGAUAAGAACGCUGUAGGGAAUACGUUUGUGUGGACAAAUUGGCCCAAUGGUGACACUAAUCACCUCGACACUCCCCCGACCGAUCGCCAUCUCCCGAACGGUAGCAGUUAUUCAUUGACCGGACCGCGAUCGAGCGCUAGCUCCUAUAACCGAGAUUUCCUUCAGUCAAAGGAUGGAAGUCUACACUCACUAGGGAAUGGAUCUGCUCGAGAUCCAAGGGAUGGAAGAACAUCAUCGAUUACGAUGGAUAGAGAAUUCCCCCGCAAGUCAUCCGAUACAGGGGUCGGCUCAACAACGGCGUCUAUUGCUAGCCAACCGGCCAAUGGAUUGUUGGUGAACCACCGAUCGCUUAAUGGAAAACAUAUGACGAAUGGAGAUUACUCGCGACCAUCUGUUGAUGAGCUAGUUUGCUCCGACACAACGGGCAACCCUUCAACGGCACGACUGUCGACUUCCUUUCCGGAAAAUAGUGGCCAUCUUUCUCCGGACUCCGGACGCUUGUCUCCGACUCAGAAAAGCCCGUAUCGCCAUUCAUCCCCGCCGGUCGCUGCGGGAGUCAACCGUAGCAACACGCAAGAUUCGGCGAACUCUAGCUUUCGACAACGACAUACGUUACAAGUUCCGAGGAAUUCCAGUGGCCGCCGAAGUAGCCGCGAUCAGCCAGAUGAUUCUGCAUACAGCAGCGGUCGCUUAUCUCCUACGGCAGGAGUUCGCCGUUCAUCUCUUGGUUUGACUCGGCGCACCACCCGAACGAAUCAGUCCGAUACCAUGGAUGAGGCGAAUCCAGACGAAGAUGCAGCUCGAUGGGCGGAAGCCAUCAAACAAAGGCGAGCUUCGAGAAGGAAACGUCGUGAAGAGGAAGACGAUGACAGAGUGGUGGUAGGAACGAAGGUUGAUCGAAAUCACGCCAAUUGGGUUACAUCCUACAAUAUGCUCACAGGAAUUCGGUUUACCGUUUCCAGGAUCAAUGCGAAAAUGGACCGGGAGCUAACUCCUGCUGAUUUUGAAGCAAAACACAAGUUUUCUUUCGAUAUAACUGGGAACGAAUUAACCCCGUCUGCUCAAUACGAUUUCAAGUUCAAGGACUAUGCGCCGUGGGUUUUCCGCCGACUGCGAUCAAAAUUUCGGCUUGACCCUGCCGACUACUUGAUGUCUCUUACGAGCAAGUAUAUACUCUCGGAACUAGGUUCGCCGGGAAAGAGUGGCAGCUUUUUCUACUUUUCCAGGGAUUAUAAGUACAUCAUCAAAACGAUCCACCACGCCGAACACAAACUGCUGCGAAAGAUCCUUCCCGAAUACUACAAACACGUCGAGCAAAACCCGAAUACGCUGAUUUCACAAUUCUACGGUCUCCAUCGAGUCAAGAUGGCCUAUGGCCGGAAGAUUCACUUUGUUGUGAUGAACAACCUCUUCCCACCGCACCGUGAUAUCCACUCCACAUUCGACUUGAAAGGAUCUAUGAUCGGGCGCGAUGUGAGUGAGGAGUAUAUAAAAGAUCACCCACGGUCUACCAUGAAGGACUUGAACUGGGUUCGAAGAAAUCGCCAUUUAGAAUGUGGCCCAGGCAAACGUGAAUUCUUCCUUGCCCAGCUUAAGCGCGACGUGGAGCUUCUCAAGCGGCUUAAAAUCAUGGACUAUUCCCUUUUGGUGGGUAUACAUGAUGUGGACAAAGGGAAUGAAGAGAAGCUCCGUGAUAAGACUCUCCAGGUCUUCCAACCCGGCGCUGACCGCGAAGAGGAGAUCCACCCCAAUAUGUUGAUUCGCACACCGUCGAAAUUGGAAAACGAGCGCAAAGCGCGUGAGCUUCGAAUGUUGAUCCAAAAAGAGCGCCCAGUUCCGCUCGAUAAGGCAACUGCAAAAAUGCCAGACGAGAUUCUCGAUGAGCGAAAGUUCCAUGUCUUUUAUUCUGACGAUGGUGGAUUUCGAGCUACGCAUGAAAACGGCCAGCCUGGCCAAGAAAUCUAUUACCUUGGGAUUAUUGAUUGUUUGACACAUUAUGGCACGAUUAAAAGGAUAGAAAAUUUCUUUAAGAGCCUUGCCAAUGAUCGGACCCAAAUAUCACCGAUACCCCCGGAGGGCUACGGCGACCGCUUCGUCAACUUUAUCCGAAAAAUAACAAUGUCCAAGGAGGAAGCAGAACGAAACCAAGAGUCGGAAGCGGCCGAGCAAACAAACUUGGACGAACGACCCGUAUCACAAACGGGGCAUGAAUCGUCAGAAUACAGUUCGGUUGGCCCUCCUGGCCAGCAACCCGCAGAGGCUGGUCUCUCUGGGCCUAAUACAUUACCGAUUGUUGACGAGGCUGGCGAGGCCAGUAGCGUUGGUGGACACAGUCAACGUAGCCCCCGUCUUGACAAGGAGCUGCCGUUACCACCAAAUCACGGCGCCCAGUUGUUGUCCGGAAAGCAGAACGGAACCUUUCAAAACGGGCCAAAUCUCUCUGUCUCGGUUUGA